UUUUGGUAAAAAAAUAUCACAAAAUAAUUACACAUCAGCGUUUCAAAAAAAAUGUCGUCCACUAAAAUCCAGUUACGAUGGCAGCCCCUUCCUAGGGUUCCGGCAAGAAACCACCGUAUGAUAAACUCUGUUGUUUUUGGAGUUCCCAUAAAAAGUCACCACCGUGUAAGCGACGUACUCAGUCGUACGAGUGGUCCAUCUUUUGGUUCUGUGACUUCUGUUUCAGUAAGAACUAACGCGAGACCCUUUCUUCGUGGCGACGGUAAUGGUCGUUUCGGGAGGUUCGGUGGGAAGUUUGUACCGGAGACUUUGAUGUCGCGCCUGAGAGAUCUUGAAGAGGAAUUAGAUUUUGUUUUGAGCGAUCAUGAAUUUCAGGCGGAGCUUACAACAGCGUUAAGAGACUAUGUAGGAAGAGAGACGCCUCUCUACUUGGCCGGACGUUUAACCGAACACUACAGAAACAAAUCUCGAACCACUGGAGAUGGACCCGAGAUCUACCUGAAAAGGGAAGAUCUAGGCCAUAGUGGGUCCCACAAAAUGAACAAUGCUCUCGCUCAAGCAAUGAUUGCCCGGCGGCUUGGUUGCAGCCGUGUGGUAGCGGCCACAGGAGCCGGCCAACAUGGGGUCGCCACCGCGGCUGCUUGUGCAAAGCUCUGCUUGGAGUGUACUGUUUUCAUGGGGACCACUGAUAUAGAGAAACAAUCCUCUAAUGUCCUUUCCAUGAAACUCCUUGGGGCUCAGGUAUCAUCCUUAGAAGGAACAUUUCAAGAUGCCAGUUCAGAGGCGAUUCGAAAUUGGAUAGAAAACCUAGAAACCACAUACUACUUAUCAGGGACGGUCGUAGGACCACACCCGAGUCCGGUAAUGGUACGUGAGUUUCAAUCUGUGAUUGGGAAAGAGACGAGAAGGCAAGCAAAACGACUAUGGGGUGGUAAGCCUGAUGUGUUGGUAGCUUGUGUGGGGAGUGGUUCAAACGCAUUGGGAUUGUUCAAUGAGUUUGUUGGGGAUGAGGAUGUGCGGCUAGUAGGGGUCAAGGCCGCGGGACUGGGGCUUGAUUCAGGGAAACAUUCAGCUACUUUGGCCGUUGGAGAUGUUGGUGUGUACCAUGGUUCUAUGAGCUACUUGUUGCAAGAUGAUCAAGGACAGAUACUUAGACCACACUCCAUAGGAGUAGGGUUAGAGUAUCCCGGAGUCGGACCGGAGAAAAGCUUUUUGAAAGAAACCGGGAGAGUCGAAUUCUAUACAGCAACAGAUAAAGAAGCCAUUCAAGCGUGCAUGCUAUUGAGCAGAUUGGAGGGUAUAAUCCCAGCAUUGGAAGCAUCUCACGCGCUCGCAUUCCUCGACAAACUUGUUCCUAUUCUGCAUGAUGGUGCCAAAGUGAUCGUGAAUUGCAAUGGCCGUGGCGACAAAGAUAUAGACACUCUUAUCCAAAGAGGCAUGCCCUCUUCUCUUUCUCGAGUCACCAAGAUGUCACAUUACACUUGACUCUUGUAUAACUCCUAUAGAUGCAUUUGCAACCAACACUAUGGCUAAAACAAUAAUAAAUCCGACUAAUAAUAUUAGUCCAUAAUGCAACGAAAGUCAAUAUUCAUAUCGAGUAUAAAACAAAAUGACAUAUUGUU